AUGUCGCAGGGGCUCCCGGCCGCCGGCGGAGUACUGCAGAGGAGCGUCGGGGCGCCAGGGAACCAGCCGCCGCCACAGAGCCCUGAGGAUGAUGACAGGAAGGUCCGGCGGAGAGAGAAGAACCGUGUCGCUGCACAGAGAAGUCGGAAGAAGCAGACCCAGAAGGCAGACAAGCUCCAUGAGCUCAGAAGAGAUGAGGAGUGGCUGUCCGGCUACAAUAGCUUCGGGAAGAUUCCAUAUCAUCUAGAACCGCGAAGUGGAGGGGUUCCUGCACCCCUGGUUCUUAGCCUCUUUCAACCUGGGUUUAAUGGAAACUUGACAGUGGAGUGUUGGAUUGAAGCCACGGCGGGGAUGUCUCCACUGCUUCACUGGUGCCAUCAACAAACACCGGUUCUGUUCCAGCACUGUUCCGGGUGCUGGGUCUUACCUGGGAGCCCUACAGAGACCUUCAGAAAGCAGAAAGCAGAUCGGCAAGUGGGGGUGAGGAGGCUGCUACUGAGAGGCUGGAAGGGACCUUCCAGGCACAGAAAUAUGCUGGGUCUCGAUCAACGUAGUUGUUUCCAUUUCUAAGACUCAUCGAAUUGUACACUCAAGAUAGUGCUUCACAGGCACACGUCACUUGAUUAUGCUGUGUAAAAUGUGGGCCACACAGGGGACGGUGCCCCAAUAGG